GCGGCGGUUGGCGGGCGCGCGGGCCGUUGUGGCGACCGUUGGCCCGUGAGGGGCUUCUUGGGAGUCCGGCGGAGAGAGGUGACUGGUAGAAGAGAGAGACCUGUUCCUGACUAUGUCGAGGAGAAAGUUGGAGAAUAAAAGCUUUUCUGGCUUGUUAGCCACAUCUCUGCAGACACAAAUCAAGACAGACAAUUUCCACAAUUUUUAUAUGCUUGAAUCAAAAGAGCUAGGAAGAGGAAGAUGUGCUGUGGUUAGAAAAUGUAUAGCUAAAUCCACAGGCCAAGAGUAUGCAGCUAAAUUUUUGAAGAAAAGAAGAAGAGGCCAAGACUGCAAAGCAGAGAUUCUUCACGAAAUUGCUGUGCUUGAAUUAAUGAAAUCUAAUCCUCGCAUAGUUAAUCUCCAUGAAGUCUAUGAAACAGCAAAUGACAUCAUUUUAGUGUUGGAAUAUGCUGCUGGAGGAGAAAUAUUUGACUUGUGUGUCCCAGAUCUGGAUGACAGAAUUGGUGAAAGGGAUAUUGUAAGACUUAUAAGACAAAUACUUGAAGGACUUUGCUGCUUGCAUGAAAACAAUAUUGUUCAUCUUGAUUUAAAGCCUCAAAAUAUUUUGCUCAGCAGUGUCAAUCCUCUUGGUGAUGUAAAAAUUGUAGAUUUUGGUAUGUCUCGGAAGCUUGAGAAUUGUAGUGAACUUCGCCAGAUCAUGGGAACAACAGAGUAUCUAGCUCCAGAAAUCUUAAACUACGAUCCUAUUACCACAGCUACAGAUAUGUGGAACAUAGGCGUAAUUUCGUACAUGCUGCUGACACAAGAAUCUCCAUUUGUGGGAGCUGAUAAUCAAGAAACUUACCUUAAUAUAUCUCAAGUUAAUGUGGAUUACUCAGAAGAAACGUUUUCGUCGGUUUCACAGCCUGCCAAAGACUUCAUUCAAAAACUUCUCACAAAAAAUCCGGAGGAAAGACCCACAGCAGAGGCCUGUCUUUCUCAUUUGUGGUUGCAGCAAGGGGAGUUCAUACUCCUGUGUAGCCCUGAAGAAACCUGUUGCUCUUCUCUGAUGCCAGGACACACAACAAAAUGCACAGAAGAGCGAAAUGUAAAAUCCAAUUGUAAUGGUACCUCUAGCAAUAAGGAAGACAAAGAAAACAUUCCAGAGGACAGCAGUACAGUCUCCAAACGUUUCCGUUUUGAUGAAUCAUUGCAGUAUCCCCAAGACUUCAUGACAGACUUCGUAUGUUAAUGUGUAAUAUAGACUUUUAUAAAAUGACUUUAGCAUAAUCUAUUCCGGUGGUGAAUAUAAGAUUAUGGCUUGCCAAUUCAAGCAGCAUUGGCAUACUGGAAAUGCACUUUGAUUCUUUUAUGCUGGUGCUUCCUUUUCUAUCCAUUGCUGGCAAUGGAUUUAACUCCUGAGAAAUUGGGGUGGUUGCACCAAUAAAAUGAAUUAUUUUUUUUAAGAAGAUGUAAUUAAAUAUUUUUGCACUUUUCAAGUUUUAGUCUAAAAAUUAUGCCAGAGUGAACAAACUAAAACCCGAAAAUGAGUUUGUUUAAACUCAAGCUUUGCCAAACAGUGGUUGAAUACAUGCACACUUUUAUGACUAGCCUUAAUAAGAAAAUGGUCUAAGCAGGGAAACUGAAUCUAGCUGACUUACUGAGCUUACUUGUGACCAUUCUCAUAGCUUUAAAUGGAAGCUAAAGUUGGUAUGUUUUGGGAAUAUGAUACAUCUGUUGGGGCCAUUUGGAAAACUGCUUUCUCUGUAGGAUCAUUAGUAGUUAAGGAAAUGUUUCUGCCUUACAGAUCUGGUCCACUUAGGAAUUAUAAUGCAUACUCUGGUUUUCCUGUGUUGGAAAUUAUCUCUGCAAUGCUUGAAUAGAAAACUGGUAGAUUGUCAGUCCUUGUGCUAGUGGUUCUUUGCUUCUUAUCAGUAAGUUACAUUUGAAGAGGAUGAGGGUCCCAUGCUGAUGUGAGUAUUUGAUAAGCUUGUUAGUUUGCUUUCAUAAAAGCUCUGAAAUAGUAUUGUCUACCUGUACGGACCUCUUCCUCAUCUUAAAAAAAACCCAACCAAACAAAAAAACAGAAAAACAAUGCAAAAACAAACCAACAAAACCACCCCACCCCCAACAAAACAGAAAGCCUCUUUAGAGUUAAAAGUAGUAAGUGAAAAAAAUGGAAAUAACCAUUUUUUGCCUGUGAAGCUGCAAUUAAAAGCUUUUCAUUGUGCCCCUCUAAUGUAGAAGUGCAGUGCAUCUUUCUGUCAAUUAUUGUUAUCCAUAAUAAUUUUGCUUCAUGCCUGCUCUGAGAAAUGGACUGCAGUGUGUUAGUAUUUAAAGACAAGCUACUUAAUAGUUGUUUCAAGCCUUUACAUUUGGUUUGUUUAGUGGGUUUGUUAUUUUUUUAAGUUAUAUCCCUUGCACUUCCUGUUUCUAGGCUCUGAGGAAAUAAGGGCUAUGUCAAGUUUUGACUUAGAGGAAAUACCAAUCAUGCCUUAACAGCCUGAAACUAAUACUGACAAGAUAAAAUCCUAAUCGUAACACUGAGGCUGGAAGUCUUUUUGUGUAGGGAAUGUAUUAAAACUCUUAUAAAUAUUUUGAAAGUGAAUGGCACUUUAAAAUACUUUUGGGAUUUUCCACUCCUCAGAGCUUAGACUUAAUUGUCUUUGAUUUGGAUUUGUUUUGUUUUGUAUAAUAAAAUACCACAAUCUGAUAAUCUUUUUCAGUUGUGCCUGUGGACUUGUCAAUAGUUAGGGAGAUUGAGGUUUUGGAACAACAUGAGAUUGAGAGGUGAACAUAAUGAGUGGUAAAAGGUUGUAUUUUAUCUAUCUUCACACAAAGAAGAAACAGGUUUUUUUACAAAUGGAUUUCAAUGUAUCACCAAAAUGGAUGGGGGAAUUCAGGACUGUUGUCUUUAUUUUGGGUGACUCUGAUGUUGACAAGUGAAAAGUCAACUGAGGUGUAAGGCACGUAAGAUUAUCUUUCAGCUUAUGUUUGGCAGAAGAAGUCAAAGUUUUCCAAGACUUAAUCUCAUUGAAAUGAAGUAAUGGAUAUAUUCAGCAUGUAUGAAGCUCAGAUGCCUAGGUAUAAAUGAACCACACUGAGUCUCCUCUAUGUAUUAAUUCUCAUGUAACUUUUUUCAGUGAUACUGAUAAUAAAUAUAAUUACAAAAUGACUUUGCUGGAGGCAGUUGUUGGGUUGUGUUCAGGUACCUUAUACCUUUACUUUUCAAAGUCCUUGGCUUUUCCCAGUUGGAGUCUUAUCUAACCUUUUGGUUUUUUUUCCACCAGCAUGGAGUCCAAUUUGAACUGGGUAAAUUAAAAAUAGAAACUAUUUUAUAGAUACUUAGAAGUUAAAAGUUCACUUAAGAUAAAGAAGAAAAUGUCAAAAAGCUGUGACAGAUAAAGGUAGAAAAGAAUGUUUAUAAAAUCAUUACAUUUUAAAAUUCUGCAAAAAUAUUACUGAACUGAAAUUACAACUGGGAAGCUUGUGAAAGUCUUUUUAUAUUAGUAUUCUAUUUUUAAGAUCUGGAAAAUAAAGGUGAAAGCAUAUGCCAGCACUUUAUGACAAAGUUGUUAUUCUUUAAGGUUUUUAUCAUGGUAUCUGAUGUUUACAUUUCUUACUACUUUUGGAGCUAACUUAUCUUUAAAUUUAAAUGAAUGAAAAUUUGUCUUAUCCAAGGAAGUUAAGUUUUGAAGACUUUAUUUGUACUUUAUAUAAACUUAAAAUAUACCUUGAAUCAGAUUUUAUUUGGA